GCGCAGCGGCCCCGGCAGGAGCGAGCGCAGCCCGGUCCCGCCGCCCGGUCCCGCCGCCCGGUCCCGCCGCCUCGGCCCCGGGGCAUGGCCUGUCUGAUGGCGGCCUUCUCGGUCGGCACCGCCAUGAACGCCAGCAGCUACUCUGCAGCGGGGACGGAGCCCAAGUCCGUGUGCGUCUCGGUGGACGAGGUGGUGUCCGGCAGCAUGGAGGCCAGCGAGACCGACCUGCUGAAGGGACAUCUGAAAAAGGUGGACAACAGCCUCACCGAGGCGCAGCGCUUCUCCUCCCUGCCCCGGAGGGCGGCGGUGAACAUAGAAUUCAAGGACCUUUCCUACUCCGUCCCCGAAGGGCCCUGGUGGAGGAAGAAAGGGUACAAGACCCUCCUGAAGGGGAUUUCCGGGAAGUUCAACAGCGGGGAGCUGGUGGCCAUCAUGGGGCCCUCGGGGGCUGGGAAGUCCACGCUCAUGAACAUCCUGGCUGGAUACAGGGAGACCGGCAUGAAGGGGGCCGUGCUCAUCAACGGGCUGCCCCGGGACCUGCGCCGCUUCCGGAAGGUGUCGUGCUACAUCAUGCAGGACGACAUGCUGCUGCCGCACCUGACCGUGCAGGAGGCCAUGAUGGUGUCCGCACACCUGAAGCUGCAGGAGAAGGACGAAGGCAGGAGGGAGAUGGUCAAGGAGAUCCUCACGGCUCUGGGUUUGCUGUCUUGUGCCAACACGCGGACGGGCAGCCUCUCGGGCGGCCAGCGCAAGCGCCUGGCCAUCGCACUGGAGCUGGUCAACAACCCCCCCGUCAUGUUUUUCGACGAGCCCACGAGCGGCCUGGACAGCGCGUCCUGCUUCCAGGUGGUCUCCCUGAUGAAGGGGCUGGCCCAGGGCGGCAGGUCCAUCAUCUGCACCAUCCACCAGCCCAGCGCCAAGCUCUUCGAGCUGUUUGACCAGCUCUACGUCCUCAGCCAAGGGCAGUGCGUGUACCGCGGAAAGGUCUCCAAUCUCGUACCGUAUUUGAGGGACUUAGGCCUCAACUGCCCGACCUACCACAAUCCCGCGGACUUCGUCAUGGAGGUGGCCUCGGGCGAGUACGGGGACCAGAACGGCCGCCUGGUGAGAGCCGUCCGCGAGGGCGUGUGCGACUCCGACCACAAGAGGGAGCUCGGGGGCGAUGCCGAGGUGAACCCCUUUCUUUGGCACCGGCCCUCUGAAGAGGUAAAGCAGGCAAAACGAUUAAAGGGGUUGAGAAAGGACUCCACCUCCAUGGAAGGCUGCCACAGCUUCUCCGCCAGCUGCCUCACCCAGUUCUGCAUCCUCUUCAAGAGGACCUUCCUCAGCAUCAUGAGGGACUCGGUCCUGACACACCUGCGAAUCACCUCUCACAUCGGGAUCGGCCUCCUCAUCGGCCUGCUCUACCUGGGCAUCGGGAACGAAGCCAAGAAGGUCCUGAGCAACUCCGGCUUCCUCUUCUUCUCCAUGCUGUUCCUCAUGUUCGCGGCUCUCAUGCCCACCGUUCUCACCUUUCCCCUGGAGAUGGGAGUGUUUCUGCGUGAGCACCUGAAUUACUGGUACAGCCUGAAGGCCUACUACCUGGCCAAGACCAUGGCAGACGUCCCCUUCCAGAUCAUGUUCCCGGUGGCCUACUGCAGCAUCGUGUACUGGAUGACCUCGCAGCCGUCCGACGCCGUGCGCUUCGUGCUGUUCGCCGCGCUGGGCACCAUGACCUCGCUGGUGGCACAAUCCCUGGGGCUGCUCAUCGGGGCGGCCUCCACAUCACUGCAGGUGGCGACCUUCGUGGGCCCCGUGACGGCCAUCCCAGUCCUGCUCUUCUCAGGGUUCUUUGUGAGCUUCGACACCAUCCCAGCCUACCUGCAGUGGAUGUCCUACAUCUCCUACGUCAGGUACGGGUUCGAGGGGGUCAUCCUCUCCAUCUACGGCCUGGACCGGGAAGACCUGCACUGUGACAUCGAGGACACCUGCCACUUCCAGAAGUCGGAGGCCAUCCUCCGGGAGCUGGACGUGGAGAACGCCAAGCUCUACCUGGACUUCAUCGUUCUCGGCAUCUUCUUCAUCUCCCUGCGCCUCAUCGCCUACUUCGUCCUGAGGUACAAAAUCCGGGCGGAGAGGUAAACCUGGCUGUGAGGAGAGAGAACUGGGCAUCGUGGACGUGAGCUAUGCCCAAGGGCACAGGGAGGACGGACCCUGUCUCUGGAGCGGCUGCCGUGGCCCCGGCUCCUCUCCACCCCCCGGCUUUCAGUAGGAGGAGGAAAGAGACUUUUUGUUUUUCCACAAUUCCAUGUUACGUUGUGUUCUGGGCAGAACAUAAACUCCACGUCGCUGGGAACAGGGGACUUGGGGGAAGUCUCUGUCUGCGCCGGAGAAGGGCCUCCGGCCCCGGGCUGGUUCCCUUUCCUCGGCCGCCGCACGUGCUCUCCGACGCUGGGGCUGAGGCCCACCCGCCCCCCAGGUGUAGCUCUUUCAAGUGAUUCGGGAUACGGCGCCCCCGCUGCUCUCCCCCCGGUGGAUCCGCUGUUUGGAAGGUGCAGCCCUUCCUCCUGGGCCGCACGCAGCCUGUCCGCUGGAGCAGAGUUGGGAUUGCAAAGCCAAAGAAACCGACUCUGGGGUGCCAGGCCCGGUGCCCGUUCCUUCUAGAACGUUCCUGGCUUUGUACUGGCUGCCUUGGGAUUUCCUCCACCACUUACUUGUGAACCCCCAAGUGCUCAGGGCGGGGCCUGCUCGUGUUGUGCUGGGGCUCCCUCCGGGCUGGGUGCCCGGCCAGCCAAGCCAGCUGAGCGGGGAGCAGGGAUUCCAGGCAGUCUCACCCCAGGGUCUCUCUUCUUUUCGCUUUGCCUGUUGCCUCCUGUUAUCAGGUGCAAGUGUUCCGGGGACCCUGGGCCUGGGGCAAUUCUGGCAUGGCCUGUUCUUCUGGGCCUGCUUUCCUCGAGAGGCGAGCUGGGGGGCUCCCCCACGGCCUGGGGGAGGCGCCCGCCUUACCUGCCUGACCCAGGACCCCCCUGUGCCCGGGUGGCACGGAGAGGUGGUGCACCCCACCCCCACGCGGGAUUGCUCUGGGCGUGCGUUGAGCUCUGUGUGCGCCCCUCAUCCCUGACCUGAAACCGCCCUAACUCCAAGAACGAAGGAAAAGAUCCCCCUCCUCACGCCAAGCAGAUGGCCAGAGGGGUGAAGCGCUGAGCGCGGUGAGGAAGGGAGGCGGCCGCUGAGGGCCGGGGCUGCGACACGAGCAAAUAUGACCUUAGAUACUUUCGGAAAAACAGAUGCUAAUAAAGUAUUUUACA